AAUGUAAACAGUAAUUUGAAAACAAAGGGCGAUGCAAUUUGUUGCGCAGUAGCACAACAUUCUUCUUGGAUUUAAAAUUCACCGGCAGCAGUUCCACCCCUUUUGAAAGUAGAACCUGACGUCUGGGCUGUUCAGCCAGAGCAGCUGCUGGAGCUACAAAGCCUUUUCUCAUCCUCUGCCAGGAUGGGAGUGAUAUGGCUUCCCAACCCAUCCAGGAUCCUGUUUUUUUCUUUUCAUAUUAUCCUCUUUCUUCUUCCACAGACUACUGCAGAAAGAGAGCUGAAGUUUGUGGUUGUAGUUUUCCGGCACGGUGACCGAACACCAAUCGUAAACUUUCCAACUGAUCUACACAAAGAAAGUGAAUGGCCCCAGGGAUUUGGACAACUUACCAAGACUGGAAUGCAGCAACUAUUUGAACUUGGACAGUACAUGAGAAAAAGAUACUCCAACUUUUUGAACAGCACAUACAACCGGCAAGAGUUUUACAUCCAAAGCACAGAUUAUGAUCGCACCAUUAUGAGUGCCCAGUCAUACCUUUCUGGCCUCUUUCCACCAACUAGCAGCCAAAUUUGGAACCCUGAGCUUCUCUGGCAACCCAUUCCAGUUCAUAUUUUGCAAAAGUCAACAGACCGGAGCCUGCAUUUUCCUCUUACUGACUGUCCCCGUUUUGAUGAACUUCAGAAUGAAACACAAACAUCUAGUGAAUUUCAAAAGAGAAUACAACCAUACAUGGAUUUUUUACAAACAAUGGCAGUAGACACAGGACUUGAACUAAACCAUCUUAAAAUACUGGACAAUUUCCAGAUGUGGAAUACAUACGAUACUCUGUUCUGUGAGAGUAUUCACAAUUAUACUCUACCUGGAUGGGCUACCAAAGAUGUAAUCAGCAAGAUGGAAAAACUGGCAGAAUUAUCCUUAUUAUCACUAUUUGGACUUUAUAAAACAGAAGAGAAAUCACGACUGCAAGGAGGUGUCCUUGUGAACAUUAUUUUAAAUAGUAUUAAACAGGCUGCCAAUUCUUCAAGACAAAGAAAAAUGGAGGUCUACUCUGCACACGACACCACAAUUGGCGCCAUCCAGAUUGCUCUCAAUAUUUUCAAUGGAAAACUGCCACCAUAUGCUGCUUGCCAGUUUUUUGAACUCUACCAAGAAAGCAGUGGGCGAUAUAGCAUUGAAAUGCACUAUCGGAAUGAUUCUUCAAAGGAUCCCUUUCUACUCACUCUGCCAGGAUGCAGCCCUGCUUGCCCACUUGAGAAGUUUGCUGAACUAGUUUCUCCCCUGAUUACAAAAAAUUGGUCAAAAGAGUGUGGGAAGAAAGACAAAACGAAAGAUAUUUUUAUUGGAUUUGAUGUUGCUGUUGGCUUGUUGUUUAUUUUUGACCUUGUACUGCUCUACCUCCUUUAUCAUUAUGGACGCUGCAGGCGCAGAAACAACUACCAAGACAUUUAAAGGGGAGGUAAAGAAAUGACAGAGAGCAGCUAGACAUCAAGCAAUCUUUGAGGUUGCUUAUAGCCAUCCAUUUGCUCUGGCCAAAUUAAUCUGGCCUAGGUCCUAAAAGACUAAAUAUCUGCAGUGAGAAAUGCUGUGGAAAUACAUUAUUUUUAAGAAUUUACUUUUGUAGAAAGACAGAAUUACUUCAGCUUCUGUCUGUAAAUUUUCCACUGCUAUUAACCACUCCCAAAUCAGCCUGUGGGGUGAAGGGAUGCUAUUGUCUGUGUUUUCUUUUUUUUUUAGUAUUUCCUAUUAUCAUCUAGCACUCUGUUACUCUCUUACCCUGUUCAAUAAGUUUUUUUUGAAAAUCACAGUCUGUAAUAUUUUCCUUACUUCUUAUAAAUGGCUAAUUUGUUGAUGCACAGGAACAUGUUUUCAGUGAGCAGAAGCUGCAAUUAUCGUGUGAAAACAGAUUCAUACCAGCACUUGGGAAUACUGUUUCAGUAUUUAUUCAUGCAAGUCUAUGCAUGAGUUUUGACCUUGGCCUUCAGCUAAUAAAAGUCUGCAGCCUGCUUUUCAAAGCAGUUACACUACCAUAGCUCUCACUGAAAUUAGCAGAAAGUGGGGGGAGCUCUGUCAUGUAUUCAAGCAUCAAGCAAGAAGCUUAGUGCAACAAGAUCUUGGCCAGUGUCCAUCACCUUAGUAAUAUGGAUAAGUAAAUACAUACAAAAUGUCACUACACUGCUUUCCUGUUUUUCUGAGCUCCUAGUCAUGCAAGUUCCUUUGCCCUGCAUCUUUUCUACGAUGCAUCUGUUCUGCGUCCUGCUUCAGGUCUCUUCUGUAAUUUUAUCUGAGCCACUUUUACAGUAAUUCCUCAAGCUAUCACUCUGUUUAUCACCUUUCAUUUUAAUUUACAAUAACUCCUUGUUCUGUUCAAAUCUCUUACAUUAACAAGACAUGCACUGAAAGUAAGAAAACAAUGAUUCUGCUUUUUGUACGUUGAUCUCGUCUGUGCAAUAUAUGUUGUUCCGUUUGUAAGCUCCUCAGGGCAGGGAAUGCAUUUCCAUAAUUGCUCCCUAGUGUCAUAAACAAGUAUCAUAAACACUAAUAUUGCUGUAUAAAAUACUUUUUAUUGUCAUAUGUUUCACAGGCUGAAUUAAGAUUUUUUUAUCCUGUAGUCCUACAAAGGAUACUGUGAAUUACAUUACCACGGAGAAGCCUUUUAAAAACUAUACAGACGGGUGCCAACAGCAGGUUCAGCCCAACAGAUAUAAUGAGCAAUCAUGUGCUCACACUAAUGAGCCCUGUCGAAGCACAAAAGUCUAGAGAAUGCUGCAAGGUGUUGUUGCUUAGCUCAGGCAUAGCAUUGCGUCGAUGUGAAUACACUGCUUCUGGUCUGACUUUGACUCACAUCUGUGGGUUGCAACUUGGAGCCCAGGAGCUUGUGUCAGCUACCACUGAUCUAAAGAUCAGCCCUCAAUAUUACAGUUAUGGACACAUUCAAAAUGUGAUGGAAUUAGAUGGAUUAAAUAGAAUAAAUCAAACAAAAUAGCAAUGGCGUGUGGUAAUAUAGCCAUUUCCAAACAUCACUGCAUUUGCUUGUAGUAAUUUCAGCUACUGAGGUGUCCACCUUUUGAAGGAGUAUUUUCCACUCGGUGAAAAGCCUUUACUAGUAGACAUUUCCAUUUUAUCUAUCUUACGAAAUAUAAUCAAGGGAUGGAUUUGAUUCUUACAUGGUAAGGAUAUUUUAUUAUACAACAAUUUGGGGCAAAGCUGUUGAAAAGAUGAAAGGUUGUUGUUAAAUCAGACAUUUUGGACACACAAGCCUCAGAUUGUAACUAGUAAUUCCGAUCCUUGGUUCAACAACUUAAAGGAAUGUCUGUAUUUCAGUCAAAAGUGUUACAGCAGCCCUAGGAAACACGCCUGAGCUGACUGUGUUACUCUCAGCAUCAUACUCAAAGUGAGGAAAAGCUCAGGACAAACCACAAAACUGAUCCUGACUCCUGAAUGCAUACAUAUGUAAAAAUAUAUAUAUACACACAGAUACACUCGGUGAUUACCUGAUGCUGAGGUCUGUAUUACCACUGCUGCAGUGCUGUUGAUACGCACUUAAGGAUAGAUUGAGUAUGUCUUUUGUUAGAGGCAGUCAGAUGCUUGACAAGUGAAGAUGUAUUGUUGGCUGAUAAUAUGUGGUAAGAACAGUUUUGGAGAUAUUAGAAAGCCAGUUGUUUGCACUCCACAAGAAGUAGCACGGGGUGUGUUUUCCAAGAUUGCUUCCUACAAGAAGAAGUACAUCCAGUAAAAUGUGAAGUGUUUGAGACAUCUUUGGUGGUUUAUGGUACUGAAGUAGAAGCUGUUACAAAGAAUUUCAGGAGAUGAGGCAAUUCUAGGUGCAGCAGGAGCAGUCGUGAAUUAAAUUUAUUGUAGGGAUACCUUUUUGUUAACAGAUAGUCAUACUUGAAAAUGUCCAAGCAUUUUUAGAAUGGAUCCAGUGAACACAAGUUACAUUGAAUGUAAUGAAUAGGUUCAGAUGAUGUAACUUAAGAUUUAAUAGAAGUACAAUAAAGAAGUAAUACAUUAUUAAUGUAGGUGCAGAAUCUCACUUAUAGUAAAAAUGCUUUGUCUUGCUGUGAUUAAAUCAAGUGUAAUUUCUCCAGUGGAGUAAAAGGUUGAAAGUGUCAGACAAGCUUGUGGGUUUUUUAUUUUUUCAGCCAGAUUUACUAUUUGUUUAGUAUAACUGCAGACUAUUUGUGACUAGAAAACAUCUUUGCUCCGAGCAACUUGUACCACUGCAAUAAAGUAUAUUAAGGAAACAGUUCAA